GAGAGCGGGAGGAGAGAUGGUGGCACACAAGGAGUUCGAGUUGCGCAAGCAGGCUGUGCUGAGAGGGCUGGCGAGCGAUGAAGUGGAUAAGUCUCGGAAGGGAGGGGUGGAUGCUCCGAUCGCGGAUCUGAUCAGAAGGAUAAACUCGCAUCCCGAGUUUUACACGACCAGCUCGUGCUCUGGCCGUGUCUCGUUGUUUCUGGAUCAACCGUGCGCUGCGCCUUUGGGUGAUGAUGUUCCGGAUUCGAGCAAGGAGAAGGUGAAGAAGGGGGGCGACUGGAUUUUCGUGAGCCAUGAGGCAGCUGCGGAGGAUGAUGUGGUGAACGCGGUGAACCAGAGGUAUGCAGCUCACCAGAAGGGACUUCUGGUGUUUCGAUUCGAGCCUUUCAUUUUGGCCCUCGAGUGCUCGUCUUUGGCGGCUUCUCAACAGCUCGUGACCUGCGCAAUGGCCUCUGGGUUUCGUGAAUCGGGAAUCACGAGCGCAGGCAAACGUUUCAUCCUGGCUGUCCGGUGCUCGAUUCGUAUGGAAGUGCCCAUUGCUGACGAAGGCGAGCUUUUGGUCACCGAGGAGUAUCUGAGGUACCUCACCAGACUGGCAAACAAGAAGAUGGUUUUGAAUCAACAACGCAUAGACAGAUUUUUGUCGACUUUCACCGCCACCGUCGAAGGUGGACUGUCUUCCCAAUCGGUUCAGGUCCCAUCUUCCAGGAGGAAGGCCGCCAGCGGGUUCGCAGGGCUCAGGAAACGUCAGAAAAUGUUCUCGGAGGUAGCGGACAAGCUGCUCUCGAGCCUCGAAAAGAGGCAACAGAGUGUUUUGUCCAGAAUUGGCCUCCUUGAGAGUAAAAGUGGUUGCACACUGAUUUCUGAGGUUCAGGAUGAUGAGCGGUACCAACAAUCUGCAGGCAGUAGAGAGAGCUAUUUCAGUACAACUUUCGUGGUACAGAGAAUGACGGAUGCCAAUAGAACUCCUCCAGUAGAGGUCUCGUCCCAGCGCCCGGGUUUAUGCGCUGCAUCCUUCGUAAUAUCUGGUGAACCACCCGAAAAGCUAUUUCGAUGGGGACAUUCGACAUGUGCACUGGGUGAUCAGGAGUCAGGGUGCAAUUCUGUGCUCAUAUACGGAGGGUAUGGAGGUCCUGAAAGGCACGCACGCCAGAACGAUCUCCUUAUGCUGGACGUACAGGAAGGGUCAUUGAGAAGUCUACAAACAGUUGGCUCACCUGCUCCGAUCAUGGCACACACAGCUUCGAGAGUGAAGGACACCAUGGUCGUGAUUGGUGGCCGGAGAGAUCCAUCCUGUGUACUAAAUGGUGUCAGUGUUCUGGAUUUGAAAACAUUCGAGUGGGAGACACCGGUUGUCACCGGUGUCGAAUUUCCUCCUAGACACCGUCAUUCUUCUGCUGUCAUGGGUUCUAGAAUCUUCGUAUAUGGGGGUCUCAAUGGCUCCCAGCCACUCAGCGACUUACACAUGCUGGACACAAGUUCCUGGACGUGGUCAUUGAUCACAUGCGGGGGAGAACAUCCAUCUGCACGCCAUUCGCACUCGUUAGCUGCUGCUGGCGGUAAGCUCUUUCUUUUUGGUGGCCGUGAAGGAAACAAAGUAUACGGCGAUUUGUACGUUCUGGAUCUGGGAACUCUACGCUGGAAUUUGGUGAAAGCUGGAGGGAGGCCUCCAUCUCCUCGGUUUUCACACACCAUGACAGUAGUAGGGGAUCGCCACAUAGCAGUCAGUGGUGGUUGCCCCAUCACCAAAGAUAAAGAUCUCGUCCUUCUAGAUACUUCAACUCUGAUGUGGGCCAGAAAUCAAGUUGAUUGGCCCCGUGAGGCUCUUCUGGUCAGGCACACGACCACUUUGGUUGAUGAUACUCUCAUAACCAUCGGUGGUGGCGCAGCUUGCUUUGCUUUUGGUACUCACUUCAGUCCACCCUUAAAACUCAGCCUUAAACCGUUUGUUCACAGUGAUCCUAGCUUAGGGAAGAAGCUUCAGAGGGAGACUGAGCGACCAUCUCAUGUAGAAAAGGAAGACGAAGAUAGGAAGCUCUUGAGUUGGAUCCUGAAGGUCGACUCACGCGUGGCAAAGCAGGCGAAGGAUGCAUUGAAAAAGUUGGCCUGGCUGGACCUCAGGCGGAAAUCCAAAGUAUCAGAGCAAAGGAAUCACGUCGCUUUUCCAAUUAUUGAGUCCGCUGCCUCUUUUCUAUCGACGCAUAUCAAGGCAGGGCAGCCUAGUAUGUCGGAUGAAGUGCCGAGUUCUUACCCAGAAGUAUGUAAUCAUCAGCUUAACGAGGUGGAGAAUAAUGAUUUAGAAAACCAGGCUUUGAGAACGCUUGCUGCUUGCGGAGGCGAGGUUUUGAAAGCAGAAAUGCCACUUCUUGCUAAACAGUGCUGUUCACCUUUUGCAAGCAUGGAAGGAGCAGUUUCUGCAGUUUUGGAGCAAAAUCAUUUACCCAAGUCGUUACUGCAAGAGCUUCCCAAAAAAUGGGAGCGGCUUGGCGAUCUGGUCGUCCUUCCAGCUGGAUCUUUGACCAGCAGUGUGUGGUCUUCAUUAGGGGAGCAAGUGUGGAGAGCUAUUGCGAUGUCGCUGAGUGCGAAUCGUCUAGCUCGUCAGGCAUCUGUGGCUGCAACAGGAACCAGAGACAGCCAGCUCCAGCUCUUGCAUGGAACAAGUGGGUGGGUUGAACACAAAGAGAAUGGGAUUGUCUAUUGUUUCGACGCCACCAAAUGCAUGUUCUCGUCUGGAAAUGUGUCGGAGAAACUCCGAAUAGCGAGCAUGCAAUGCCGAGGUGCAACCGUUGUGGAUCUAUUCGCCGGCAUCGGGUAUUACGUACUGCCCUUCUUAAUCAAGGCAGGUGCUCGACAUGUUUAUGCAUGUGAGUGGAAUCCUCAUGCACUUGCAGCUCUACGUCACAAUCUACGGGUGAACGGAGUCGAAGACUCGUGCUCGGUGCUGGAAGGAGACAAUCGGUGUUCAGCCCCUGAGGGUGUCGCCGAUAUCGUAUCCCUGGGGCUCUUGCCCUCGAGUGAGGCUUACUGGCUGACUGCUGUGGCUGCUCUUCGGCCUGAAGGGGGCCUACUGCUGGUGCAUGAAAACGUGAAGGAUUCCGAAGAGGAGAAAUGGACAGAGCACUUGCUCAUGUCGAUCAGGAGUCUGGCCACCUCGAUCGGUCGAGUUUGGACUGUAUCUUUGGUUCAUCUGGAAAGAGUCAAGUGGUAUGCUCCACACAUUCGGCACGUCGUAGCAGAUGUGCUCUGUAAACAAUAUGAUGGUUAAACUGGCUGGUUCAUGAUAAACUUUGCCAUUCUGUGAGUUUCUUUACACGAGUCUCUGUUGCGUCAACCAUUAAUUUAGACAACCGUCUGAGCUUGUACGCAGAAUAGGUUCCAUCUCUCUGUGCCUGUCAUGUUUUUGUCAAGCCUCAGGCUUCAUGCAGAGCUUCAUCGCUCUAGGCGUACGACUAUCCUGCAAGAAUUCAUUUACAACAGCUACACAUAAAUCAGUUACCAUACUUUGGGAAGCUCAAUACAAAACCGGCUGCUUCGGUUUGAGGAUUAAAAGCGAAACUCUGUGGAGCCCGAGAUGUUUUUACGUCGUGGGGCAAUAUUUCGUCAUAGUUAUACCCAAAACGUGAAAAGACGACAAGCAAGUAUUGAGAUUUAAAUUUACUGGCUGAAAGUACUGAGAUUCACAGAAGCAGACGAACACUUUUCUGAAGGAUCACAUCUUCUCUCUCAGCAUUGGUGGAUGAAGUUGGUGAAGAUAGUGCCGAAGAUUAGAAGCUGAGGCGAGAAGAACUCUUCACCAUUGAGUUAGAAGGAGCAGUUAGUGUCGAACUUCUGCAAAUUGGCAGAAUAUGUAAAAAUAAUGUGACUGUGACACUUCUCACGACUGCAAUUAAGGCGGAUAGUCCCGAUUCUCCCACUGAAAGGAGGUGAAAUUAAGGAGAGUUGGACUAGGUUGAUACACUAUCAUAUGGACAAAGGUCGAAUCAAAGCAG